AUGUCGGAUUAUAAACGCAAGUACCCUCAUAGAGGGGAUCAGACUCCUAAUAUGUAUCCCCCACGAGACCCUGUACCUGUGUCGAGAUCGAUCUCAUCUGUGACCUUAUCUAGAGGAGGAUCUGGGGCGUUUAGUAUGCAGGAUCCUCGAAGACCUUUUAGUCCUGUGCCCAAUCGAGAAGAGCAAAGCAUUGAAUAUCAGAGAUUGAACCGUUACAGACUUAAUGUUCCUGAUGAUGACAAUGAGGUGAGAAGACAACAGUUAAAUAGAGACUCUGCCUUCUACGCCACCAGGACUAUAGAGGACGUGAGACCAGAGCAAUUACUUCCUUAUAAAACUGAAUCUAUACGGGAGCAGUAUCGUUACCUAUGUCAUAUAGUGACACACAUUUACAUUGCGAUCAAGUCUCUUGAUUUGAAGAGUAAUAUAUCCAUCGGUGUCGCUGACUUGGACAAAGCUCGUGACGCUUUGAUGACAGAUCAGAGUACUGAAGAUUUCUUGAAAGCUCAGAAAGAAGCUCCCGAUACAGAGCAAGCUGAGGGUGAACGAUUUGAGACUUUGAUGCAUACGGAAAGUGAAGCAGAUGAGGAUGACGAGGAAGAAGAUGACGAAGAUUCUUGGUACGAGUCUGAUUUGAGUUCUGAUGACGAAGACGAGAAUAUGUUUGCUUCCACUCCUGUCUCAAAGGUCGGAAAUAAGUCGGCUUCUGUGAUUGGUUUGAAGUACUGGACCAAAGAGCUAAAAAAUCUUCUUACAAUUGGUCUUGUUAUGCCUGCAUCGUUGAGUGCUUCUUUGGUUAAGGUAUUCUAUGCUGUGAUACUUUCUCGCGGUCAGAAUAUUGAUAUCGGCUUUUACACCGAUGUAGUCGUUGCUUUAAUCAAAGAGAAAGAAGUGUUGAAAGAAAUUGGACUCAAAGUCGAAUGGGAACCAAUCUACAAGGAAUUGGCAUCCCAAAUGACAUCUCCUAAUGCUUCCAGUCACAUGACUGAUGAUCUCAGAUUCAAGCGACUUGGGAGGUUUUCGUUGGCUAUUAACAGCUUUUUCGAUGAGGACUGUAUUCCCAAAAUUAUGGAAAGGAUCAUGGGCAAGUACACUAAUCAGACGAUCGCUACUUCGUUUAUCCAGGUGGCCGUCAUGCUUCCUUUAGUUUUUAAGAACCCAGUUAUACAUUCUGAUGGCUCUAUAACCUAUGAUAAGCGUGAUAUUAGACAUUACUUACCCGUGCUCUUUAGCUGCUGGGCUACUCAACGAUCCAACAAGGAGAUUGCCUGUCUUGUUUCUGUUAUUGCUAAUAUUGCUGAAGCCGCAUUAUCUGAGGGCUCGAAGCAUCCUGAACGUGUUAUUAUGGGCACUUAUGGUAUUUUUACCAAGGAGCAAUUUGGUAUGUUUGUCAAUCAGUUGGUAGUGACCACCCGUGUGACGCUUGAUGAAAAGCAGUCAAGGUAUGUCAAACUCCUUGUAGAUUUAUUGGUUCAUUCCCUAACUUCCCGCUAUGCUUUUGAAAAGGGUGGUGUUAUGGAUCUUCUGCGUACCUUUGCUAGCUCUAUCCAAACCUUGGUUCAUCCUUCUAAUAGUGGAAGUUGGUCCACAAUUCUUUCUCGUGUGAUAAAGAGAUUCGGUACUACUUAUCACAGGCGUUUAUUACAGGAAAGGGCUGAUAAAUCUCUGGUUGCUAAGCAUUCCAAUGACUUUUCUGGUUUAAAGAAAGAUUACAGACUCUCUGAAGAAGUCACCAAGGAGUUUGUCGAGACUUUAACUCCACUUAUUUUAUAUGGUGUUCAGUCGAAAUCGUCAAAUCAACGUCGUCGGUAUGUGACUGCACUUCAGACUUUGUGCUUCAUAUCUCCUAAUCAGAUCCUUGAUAGUGUUCUUCUCGAUAUUUACAGUUCGUUUGAAACUGUGAAUUCCACGCAUCGUAUAAAUGUUGUGCUUCGUGAAUUGACUGCCCUUGCUAGAUAUAUGGCUCAGCUGCCUGUAUACAGAGUCCAUCUACCAAGACUUUUGUCAAUGCUUGUACCCGGUGUUGAUUCCAAUGAUGCUCAGAAAACUAUUCUUACCAUUGGACUAAUCAAACUUGUUGCUACUGUGGUUCCGUUUGUUGAUCUUAGCGAGGGUAUGGGUGAUGGCGGAAUGCUUGCUAUGAAUUUCACUAGUCAACACUUGGCUUACCUAGAGGCUAAGUUUUAUGAAUCUUCCCAAAAGAGAGAUGAGUUUUUGAUUGCCGAGGACAAAGUUCCUGAUAAAUUUGAUUUCGACCAAGAAUUGGAGCUCGAGGCCUUAAAAUCUGCAACUUCCUCGUUUCCCGAGUUUAUUAGUCAAUUUUGUGAUGGCUGUUUCAAAUAUCUCGAAUAUUCUCCCAACGUGGAAGGAGAUGAUGGUAUAGAAGCACGUGCUUCUAUUCUUAUGUCUCGUUGUUUUGAUUCUCUUAUCGAAUCACUUAGUGAUGACCUCUUCAAGAUUGUCGCUGACAAAUUCUACGAGUACAUUACGAACAAUGUGAAACACCUUGUCGCUUUAGUUUUCUCCAACAUAGCUGAGCUAAUUGUUCGUAGAGAUCCCAAGAAUCAACUUCCAAAACUUUUUGGCUAUCUCAUUCUUCAAGUUAGAGAAGAAAUCUCGGAGGGCGCUGGUACUACUCGUACUCAGGAAGUUUUGGGUAAAGAUGCCAGACUUAUCUGGUAUCUCAAACUUCUCUGUGGUACAUGUUUGGGUGCAGGUAAAUAUCUUGUUCCUUAUUUGCCAGAACUUCAGAAGUUCAUUCUGACAGACACAAAUUUGCUGAAAGGUGAGGCUGCCUACUCGAUUAGUCUUUUAGUUAAUUCAUCUUUUGCUAGCGUCUCUUGCACUCGACCUUUGGAGAGACGACUCAUUUCACAAGAUUGGCUUAACAGGCAUGGAGGUAAAGUUACUGAGGCUUGCUGGGGUGGUUUUCAGUUUGAUCCCUACCGACUUGAUAUUGCAAACUUGCAAUUUGAAUGGUAUCAACCCUCCGCUAGUGAGGUCGAUCCUCUUGUGGAUGUGUUUGAGGCUGUUUCUGAGUUCUCUUUGGAGAAGUUGAGAGACUUCAUAAGAGAUUUCGAUCCCAAACAAAAGCUAUCGUUGGACGUCACAGAUGAACUCUCCUACCAUAUCAACAUGCUUGAUGGUGCCAUUUCUGGUAUUUGUACCCUUUUUGAUCCUAGCUUCAAGCCUCAUAUGCUUGAACCUGCAAAGGUUUUGAGCAGUAGGUCCAACUCCUCCGGUCUUCCAGGCAUGGGUCCCGGAGCUGGCGUUCGCAACAAUUGUCCUACCACAGGUCUCUCUGCAAGUGCUUCUACUGUAUCACUUGUUUCAAUGAUUCCUUCUUCUGCUAUCGAUGGCUCAACAUCAAGACUUGCAAGUCCUACUCCCGACGAUCGUGGUACUUCGGCCCCUGGGGACUAUCACUCUGAUGACAUUAUUGAACAGAUUGACUCAAAAUUUGAAGCUCCUGUGGAUAGAGAGGACUCUUUGGAGUCAAGUAGUCUGACUGUAGAUGAGUACGUUGUUCCAGACUCUGAGAUGCCCAGUGGAACGUCAACCCCUUCGUUGAUGGGAGGAUCUGGCGAAUUCGAAUCGAUUGAUGCGUCUCUUACUGAUCGUUCUUCCAGUUUGUACACUUUCGGUUAUUAUUUUGAUGGCAAUACCUUUACAAAGCUUUCAGAUCCAUCGUACGUGAAACUACACAAAGUUAGAGAGAGAAUUGGUCAUGUUCUACACGAUCUUGCCGGCGCUCUGCUUUACCAUGAUGGUUCCAUUGAAUUGAUUGGUAACGUCAUACAGGCCAUUAGUGGCUGGCUUAAAAACUGUGGCUAUUUCAGCUCUAAUUGCCCUCUAUUCAUUGAUAAUAUCCAUUUGGUCAGUUUGCUUGAUUGCCAGGGUGUCAACAGUCCGUUUAGCAGGGUUGUUUUUGGUGCUAGAGCUGCCAUUUACCAUUGCAAUAGAAUAAAUAUUUCUCGUUGCACAAGACUUCCCACUGGCACUGACAGGCUUCUUAUUAGAGAUCUAGUUUCGCUUUCUGCGUCAAGUUACAAUAUAACUUCUUAUCAUGCCAGUUCUGUUCUUAUCUCUGCCUUGAGUAAGAUUAUGAACUGCACGUAUAUUGUUUUUGGCAUUCUUAAAGAGUGGGAAUCUGCAUUGGCAAACAAGGAUGAAGAUAAACUGCAGAACAUUCUCCGAUUGUUUUCGCUUCGUAAGUUUCGUGGACUUGCCGAAAAGAACAGCCGUUAUCUCAAGAAAUAUGAGGAGUUAUUGGUGAGGUCUAUUGAAAUUGACGAAUAUCAGAUCACUUCCUUGGCAUUGAAGCUCUACGGCUCUAUUAAGAAGUAUGUGAGAAUCCCUUGUAAGGUGUGCCUCAUGGACUUUGAUGCUGUUGAGAGUAUCAGACCUCCGGAUUCUGAUAUCGAUCGUCGUAUUAGAGCUCUUAAGCUAGCUAAAGAAACCAAAAAGAAGAUUUAUUUCAAUUUGAUUUCGAGGCUUAUAUCAAGGACAGUUCAUCGUACUACGAAACACCUUUAUUGGAAAUUUUUGUUGAAGGCGUUAGAGCUUAUUGCAAGUCUCAAUACCCACUUUGAGAUUACUCUCAGUCCAGAGAUUUUGAAGGUUUUGGCGAAGAAUGUUAAUGGCGUUCAUCCCCUUGUUACAAAGAAGUGUGUCAUCUGGAUGGCAUCAAUUUUGGAUGUCGCCACCACAAAGGGCCUGUUCAACUAUAAUUUGGAUGAGAUCAUGUCGGUUGAACCUCCAGAGCCUGACAUUGUUGCGUUGUCAGCGGUUUUGGAGGAGCCAGAUUCUGAUCACUUCUUCGCUGAAAUGAGGAACUUUAAGAACCCAAAAUUCUUUAUUGAUAGCAAGUACUGGGUGCCUACUCUUUCAUGGUUCAAGGACAUUAAAGUGAUUGAUGCAUCUUAUCAGAAGACAAGUUUAGGAUUCAGCCGUCAAGACGAUAAAUCCAUUCACAAAUUUGGUACUUAUGUUUCCAAAACUUGGAUUAUGGAUAUCUUAAGGUUUCACAUAGAGGAAUCUGAAUCUAAUACGGCCUUCUUACCUGGUAUAGCAUAUUUCAUGUCUUAUGUGGCUACCUUGUCUCUUCAUGGCUACACGCCUAACUUCAAGUACGAAGAUUUCUUUGAUAUUGUUGAUGAGAUCUACAAGAAAGAUGAGAAAUCCACGCAUUUAGCCGUCAGUGAGAUUUACACUGGCUUGCUCAUAUCAUGUAGGACGGAACCUUCAAAAUUAGCAGAUACUGAUCAGCGGAUAGCUUCCAGGCUUGUUACUGUGUUCAAGAACGAGAUUACUCAAUCUACUCUUAACAUCUGGAAAAUAUUCUGCUGGUGGGUUCCUGCCCAUUUUGAUCUCCGUAGAUGCCCUCAAAUUGUCAAUGCUAUCUGUGAAUUUGAUAUUGAUAGUACUGGUGACGUAUCUCCGUUCAAUACAUUGGCUCGUGUGGCUUUUCUGAAGGCAUACAUCUCGUCUAAUUUAAAUCGGUACCAUGAAUUUGACGAAACUAUCUCACGCUUAUUCGGGGCCUUGGCCCAUCCUUAUCAAAUUGUGGCGGAAAAAGUGGCUUCCACGUUGUUUGACUGCUUGUUGUAUACCUCUACGAAAUCAUUCAAUAGCUUUGAUGAAUAUGUCGAAGCCAACUUAGUACCAAGGGAUGGCCUGGGAAUCUAUCCGUUAGAAUUGUCGAAGUCUUUCAGUGAUUGUAUUUAUGCCUAUUUUGAUAGGGUUCAUAGGCUUAGAGCUACCGUUGAAGGAAUGAGUUCUCAGGAGAUGGCCGAGAGCGAGUACAUGUACACUGUUCGUGGGCUUCAAUUCCUUCUUCUCAAUAUCUUGAAGACAUCUCAUGGUGACUUAUUGUUCCCCUUCUUGAGAAACCAUAUUAUUCCUCUAAUGUUUGAUUUGGACAAUAUGAAGGAUGCCUGCAAAUUGCUGCACAUUAGUUCUCUUUUGCCCUUGUAUUUGAUCGCCUCUAUUAGAUAUGAUGCAUCUGAGACAGCGAAAAUUAUCAAAUUCCUUUGUGAUGGUGCUGGUUUAACUGACCCAACCAUUUCUCAGUCAAUCCAACUUGUUACAUUUAAUCAAGCGUAUUACAUGGUCCGUUUCCUUACUAUCACAGAUAUACAGAGAAAGGACCUUGUAGAACAAUCCAUUCUUUUCCUUUACAACAAGCAUUUGGAUGUCAGAGAACAAGGUGCAGCUUAUUUCACACUCAUCGUGCACUCUUUUAUUGCGUCAAGUUCUGAUGAGCUUAUUCAAAAGUGUAUACAGCGAUUCCGUGGAAUCGUUUCCUCCUUUAAGAAAGUGAAGGGAAGAAAAUUGACCAAUGAAGAAAUGGCCAAGCUCCAUGGAGCCACUCUUGGACUUGGUGCUUUGGUUCAAGCGUUUCCAUAUACUACUCCGCCGCCUCAUUGGAUGCCAAGAGUUCUAUCUACAUUGGCUAAUAGAUGCUCGUCAUUUGAUGGAUUGGUGGGCAGAACAGCAAAGGAUGUUCUCAGUAAAUUCAAGAAGACGAGACAGGACACUUGGCAGAUUGAUUCCAAGUUCUUUACGCAAGAGCAGUUGGAAGAUCUCGAGGGUGUUUUAUGGAAGUCCUACUUUAUUUAG